CUCAUUUCCAGUUCCGUUACUUCUUCAAUUUGUAUGCAGAGAGUAAGCCGCGUCAUCUUAUAAGUAUCACGCCGCCCCACAUAUACGUUACAACAACUUAUGAUUUCUUCUCUUCCUCCACCGCUCCCUGAGUCCAUAAGCAUAUAUCACGCAGAUAGAUUACAGUCAGAUCAUCGUACGUUACCGAUCAACUUCCCUCCAGUGAAACUUACCUGCAUUUUCGUCGAUCGAAGGUGAGCAAUAACAAAGAUACCUUUGGUUGAGGAGGUAAAUAAAAAGAGAUUUAUAAACAUGAAUGAUCAACAAUCAGAUUCUGGAUUCCUCAGUCUUUUUGAUGUAGACAAGUUCUUCUAUUAUUCCUAUGGAGAGAGUGGUCAGCCUGAAGCUAGAAUUGGUCAACAACAGCAUGCUGGUGAUGACUAUGUUUACUAUAACAACACCAAUCCAGAUGAGGAAAUUGCUCAUGCGUUUCAAAACCAGCUCUCAAUUACAGGAGAAUCUAGAGCUUACUAUACCGAAGGGUGUUAUCAUGGCCAGCAAUUCUCCAGUGAUGAUGGUGUCCAGUCAUGGCAGAUUAGAGAUGACUAUCCAGAAUCUGCCUUUUUGGUUCAGCCGGGGCAUGCUGAAUCAAAGGAUCAUUUUUCUGGAAAUAAUAACGAAGUUCCAAAAGAGUCUAUUUGCUUUGGACCAUCUUCCUCGAGCCACCCUGCUGAAGACAGAUGUUCAGGUGGUGAAGAACCCAACCAGGCGUUGGCAAUAAAAUAUGAAUCAGAGUUUGAUGUUGAUAUCGCGAGGCAGCUCAAUGAAGUUGAUGUUGUUCUACUCGUUCCUAGAAUAAAUACGCAUGUACCCUCGGACGAUGAAGCCACAUCUCAUAAAGAAAGGCUUCUAAAUAGAUUGCAACGUUGUGGCCUGGUUGAGAACAUAGUUGAAGGGGAUGGGAACUGUCAGUUCCGUGCUCUAUCAGAUCAGUUUUAUCGGAUGCCCGAACAUCACAGUUUUGUGAGACAACAAGUUGUUAAUCAGCUUAUGAAUCACCCAGAGAUGUAUGCUGCGUAUGUACCAACGGUGUAUGGUGAUUAUCUAAAGAGGAUGAUGGAGGAUGGAGAGUGGGGUGAUCAUGUAACAUUGCAGGCUGCUGCUGACUUGUAUGGUGUGAAGAUUGUUGUCAUAACAUCAUACAAGGAGACAUGUUUCAUCGAGAUCCUUCCAAGGACACAAAAGUCAAAUAGAGUCAUAUAUUUGAGUUUUUGGGCGGAGGUGCACUAUAAUUCAGUUUAUCCUCAUAAAAGAGGUAUCGACCACUCGGAUCAAGGGAUUCAUACUUCUGAGGAAGUCAAUUCUAGCUGCUCUCCUGCAGUUGCAAGUUCUCGCGUGGGAGACUUGAAGGUGAAGAAAAAGAAGUGGUGGAAUUUCUUAAAAAAGAAAUAGAGUUCAUUUGAUAAGUGCAUGUGCGACUCUGAAAAGGGUGUUGCUCCACAGAAAGCUCAAAGAUUGGAUCUUUAUCGAGUUUUGCUAGUGCAGGCUUUCCAGAAGAAUGAAUAGCUCUGUGUUCUGUCCACAAAUCCAGAGCAUUUCUCGUGAAUCAGAAUCUCUGGUGGCAGUUUGCGGAUUAAAUGAGAUGUUUUCAAUUCCACAAUGCUCAAAAAAAAGAAGGGAAAGAAAGACAGUGAAGUCAAAUGUGCCACCCUCAACCCGCUCUAUGUUUUCUCAUGAAACACCAGUGCGUAGUUGUUUGAUGCAGCUGUUUAUGCAGAGAUAUUUGGUGAUAGUACUUAGAUGGUUGAUGUGUAAAAUGGGCUUUUCCAUCUACAUUAUUAGCUAAUUGAAAGUUCUAUUAACCAAACAUUAAAGCUAACUCACUGAAAUAGUAUUAAAAGCUAGUUUGCUUUGGAAGAUCUAAAAGCAUUCCAAUAGACUCUUUAAAACAUAACCACUAGUCUGUUCUUGGCUUUACAACAUAACCAGUUUGCUUUCUGCCUUGAUGGAUUGCAGGGAGGGGCACGAUGUAUGGUUGGCAGUAGUGAAUGCUGUUGAGAAUAAAACCUUGUUUGGCUGCUGUGCAGAGAUUGAUAAGAGGUAAAUUCAGAGACUUUGAAUCAUCAAAUUUUUUGUUAGAUGAGCAACAGAGUGCAAAGCUUUCAGACUUCGGGUUAGCUAUACUUGGUUGAAAGUUGAUGUGCACGGUAACUAUGUACGAAUGAUGAUAAGGUAUAAGAGGAGCUCAUACGUGGUGACCACGCGCAAGUUAAAGGAUAAAAGAUUGUACAUGGUGACUGUGGACGGAAGUUAGUAGAAGACCAGGGAGCACGGGGUAACCAUGGAUGUCAUGUUUAGCUUAUCCAAAGAGCACGUCCACAGCAACCAUGGACGCAAGUAGAAGACCAGAUUGCACUAUAGCCUUGGAUGCCAUGGCUAACUUAUAUAUGGAAAUGUCCACGGCGACCCUGGACAUAGUAGUAGAAGCUUAUCCAAAUAAUCUACACAUGGUGUCCCUGGGCAUCAUGGCAAAAGCUACAUGGCGACUCCGUACGACAAACUACAUCAACGACGUCUUUUCAAGAUAUUCACCCAAUCAACAAAGGAUUCCGCGGAUCCGGAUUAUUGAUUUGCAUAUCAAUUCGAACAUGGCGACCACGUCGCCCAAAUCUUUUAUGUCUUAUUUUCUACUAUAAAAU